AUGAUGGCUUCACAAGAACCAGCUUUAGAAUUGAAUGGCGAACAGAGAGAUUCUGUUUCGGAAACAGCAGAAGUACUGAGAUCUAAGUCGUUGGAAUCAUUUUCAGAUUUAGUAGACGAUGGUAAGACGCUUUUGUACGGAGAUAUUUCGAAAAGUUUUCCGUUCAAAACAUGCGAUCGAAUUUUAGAUGACAUUAGGAUUUCACCAUGGUUCUUGAAGAAGUUUGGUUCAUCUGUGAUGAAACAACCAAUGCUUCAGUACUCGAGGGAAAGACAGCAAUUGCAACCGUGGAACCUAGUGCAUUUAAUUGACCAGGUUAAUUUGAGAAGCAGAUAUGAUUAUGAUUCAAUGACUUGUCCAGGGAAGAAUACCAUCAGUGUUAUGUUCGCAUUGCUGGUAGAUCCGAAUUUUACUCCUAAUGACUUUGAUGACAUUGACAAGUUUCCUGAAUACUUCUUUCAUUUGAAGAUUACUGUGAAAAGGAGAUCAUACUUGGAAAAUUUCAAUAGACACGUUGGGAUAACUCAUUAUCAUGUUUUAGAGCCUGAAUCUUUACAUCCAUUCGACAAAAGGGAUAUCUUUAUAAUGGAAGAGAAAGACUGUAGAUUAGUAGACCAAAGUAUAUUUGUUUCUGCUGAUACUAAUAAACUUAUACUUGUUGAGAUAAUAAAACCAGAAUUUAAUUCAGAGAACCUAGCUGAAUAUCGAACAGCAAAAAUUGAGGAAAGAUAUAAAAAUGCAUGUCAAGAAUUUGAUUUAUUGAACCCGGACGAUAUUCCUAGCCAAGCCGAGUGUUUGAAAACUCUUUUCAUGAUAUUUAAGAACCCAUUACAGAGGAAAUCUGCUAAUAGUGAGUUUAAGAUUAUUUCCAGGGAUAGUGUUGCACUCAACUCACAAAUUAAUACUGACUGGUUAACGACAAUGUUUGAUUUCAGUUUGCAGAAGACCGCUGUAGAAGAUAAUGUCCAAUCUGGAGAGGAAUAUAAGCCACCAGAUUUAGUUGAUUAUAUCACAGAUUUUAAGGUCAGAGGGAUUAGAGAGGCGUAUACCAGAAAAUCCAUGGAGGUUGUUUUAAUUGGUAAGCAGUCGAUGCUACUUGAAAAUGAACUUGGUACUGAAAAGAAGACAGUGGCAAAGUGCUUUUCUAAUCAACAUUUUAGUGCCAGUCACACAUGGUGGUUCAAUAUUUUGAACCACCAACACAUUGAACCAUUCCCCUACGACAUAAAUUACCAUUUUAUUAACCUAUCUGUUGCUUUUAAGUACAUCGAUAAGGAUAUCAUUAAAAACUAUGAAACUCAAAUUGCACUUGAUCAGGAAAACAUCAGCCAUUAUUUUGAUGCUCUCCAAUAUGUAACAAACGCAAAGGGUAGUUACCAGCUUAUUGCUUACUGUGGAAAACAAGAUGUUGUUGGGUAUGAAGAUUUGAAUAAUGCAUUACAGGUAUUUGGUUUAGAUCCAACUGACAUUGACGCAAGCCUCCUUGAUGCCAAUACGAUGAUUGAAUAUUACAAUUCUCAUCUAUUAAGGAGCUCUGAUAAUCAAAGAAAAGAUCUAAGAAAUGCCCUACGUGUGCUAGGAAAAUAUUUAGGUAGUCAAAAGAUGUUGUUUUUGGUGGAGUAUGAACCAUAUUAUAAUGUACAACAAGCUUACACUCUUUUAAAGGUAGACGAGACAGUAGAUGAUGAUAUUAUCCAAACUGCAUAUACGAUCAAUAUUGCUGAUGCCCCUGGUUUGAAAAAAGAUUAUGAUCGGGCGAUUUUUACAAUAGCACUAGAUAGGCGCUCAAUAUUUCUUUUGAAUGUCUUGACAGAUGAAUGUCCAGAAUUUGCGCAAUAUUACAACUGCACUGACAUAUCAUACGAUGAAGCAUUGAACAUCAUUGAAAUUGACAUGAAUGCAAGCGACGAUGUCAUCCUUGAAGUUUUUCAAAAGAAAUGGAGUCACGGAAUUAUGACAGGUCCUGAUUAUCUAUUGAAGUUGAAAAUGGCCCUUCAGAAUAUUGGUUUUACUAGAAAUAGUAAACUUAUCAACCACUUUUUAGACACCGGUAUUGUGGACGUAAGUUGUCUUCCUGUUGCUACAUGGCCAGCUGGAAUCAAUAAUGUGGGAAAUACAUGCUACCUAAACUCACUACUUCAAUUCUUUUUCACUAUCAAACCUCUACGUGAUUUUAUUUUGAAUUAUGAUGAUGACUCUGCUAAAUUACUGGAUGCGUCUGAAUAUCACUCUAGAAGAAGAAUUGGAGGCAGGGAGGUCAGCAAACAAGAAGAGCUUAGAUCGGUCCAGUUUGUCUACCAUCUUCGUGAUUUGUUCAAUGACAUGAUCCACACAAACAGUAGAUGCGUCACGCCCACAAAAGAGUUGGUCUACUUAGCCUUUGCUCCGAGUAAUGUCGAGGUGGAGUUCGGUGACGAUACUGUUGCCCAGAAAGAACUCAUCGACUUAACAACUGACGUCGUCGAAGACCCCACUGAUACUACUCGUCACCUAGCGUCUUGUGAUGAUGAUAUCAUAAUGUGCCAGAGCCCGGUUGCGCUCCCCGAACAUAAAACAUCGUCAGAAGCAGGAACACAGCAAUAUUCCGUCCAAGUUGCUAAAAUCAGUGCGGACCAACUUGAAAAUACAUUGGAGAUCGGAAGACAACAAGAUGUUACAGAAUGUAUAGGUAACGUCUUGGCUCAGCUUGAGAUUGCUUCAGAACCUUUGAGCUUGGAAGACGACUUGGAACAGAAUGAUCUUGUCAAACAGUUGUUUUACGGUAGAAUUAAACAGGACUUGAUACCAGUCAAUGAUGAGGCUUCUGUCCGGACAAAAUAUGAAAGGUUUUUAUCCUUAUUGGUUAACACCGGUGACCAUCCAAAGGAUAUUUAUGAUGCUUUAGAUUUUUACUUUCAGAAUGACUAUUUGAAUUUGGAGGAGUAUGGUGAUGUAAAGAGAACUGUAUCUAUCUCAGAGUUACCUGCGGUUCUACAAAUUCAAAUCCAGAGAGUCUAUUAUGAUAGAGAAAAAUUCAUGCCUUUCAAGUCUAUCGAGCCGCUACCUUUCGGCGAAACGUUGUACAUGGAUAGAUAUAUGGCUACCGAGGAUCCAAAACUAUUAGCAGAAAUUCAACAAAACGCAGAAUUGAAACAGAAACUUCAAGACUUAAAGCAAAGACAGAGGAAACUACUCUCACAGAACGAAAUAGGAUUAACUUUAAAAUCCUCGCUCAUUGAGACCAAAAAGUUCUUACAGUCCGGUACCUUGAAAGCGCACGAUAUUGAUGCGGACAAUAUCCCCUCAUCGAUCGCCUACAUUGAUAUUUUAAUCAAUAACAUAGACGAGGAACUAAAGAGCUUAUUCAACAAAAUUACAGAUCUAGAGACAACUAUUUCCCAACAGUUCAGCGAAUUCAAACAUAUCGGCUAUUCUUUAUUCGCCGUUUUCAUUCAUCGUGGUGAAGCAAGUUACGGCCAUUACUGGGUCUAUAUUAAAGAUCACACCAAAAAUGGUAUCUGGAGGAAGUAUAAUGAUGACUCAGUUACAGAGGUGCCACAAUCGGAAGUAUUCAACUUCACGGAGGGUAAUACGGCCACUCCAUACUUUUUGGUCUACGUCCGUGAAGGUCAAGAACAAGAAACUAUCGAACCAUUGAAACGAAUUCUUCAACAACAGGAGUAA